CCCUGCGCUGCUCCACUGUCUACUGUCAUCCUAACUCCUCUUCGCGCCACUGCCUUCUCCGGCUUCCCCCGGCUUGUUCCCAUUUCCACGGGCGGCAUCGUUGCGUCCUGGACCCACGCAGCUUCACCGGAGUUUUAGACCGCCGUAAGGCAAAGUAGUCUGCGAGAGCAACUUGAUUACAUUUGCUUCGUGCACGUCUUUCCAUCUGCCUUCCAUCCCUACUCCGCGCAAGCCAUCUUCAUGCCACAAUGGAUCCCCCAUAUUCCCGUUCCUCCAUAAUGCCUGCAUCAAUGGCGGCCGCGCACCUAGACAUGGAAUUCGGCGCCGCGCGCAUGCUAAUGGCGGACUACGGCGGGCUGACCGUGUCCCAGCUGCACCAGCAGUUUCCGCCCCGCAACCUCCGCUCCGAGUUUCCGCAGCAGGUGCAUAAGCACGAGGGCGUGGCGGGCAGCAAUGCCAGCUUGCUCCAGCAGCACCAACAGCACCAGCAGAACCAGCGGCAGCAGCAGCAGCAUCACGAGCAGCAGCAGCAGCGCCAGAGCCACCUGCUGGAGUCGAAGCCGCAACGGGCACUAGAUCCCAGCCAGGCUCGCCCGCCCGGUGGCAAAUACUUGAGCCGAUGGACGUCGGAGGAGGACGCCAUUCUGCUGGCGCACGUCACGGCGCACGGCACCACCAACUGGGGCCUGCUCAAGAGCAGCGGCUUGCUGCCGUACCGCGACAACAAGGCGUGCUGCAACCGCUUUAUUCUCCUCAAGAAGAAGUUUCUUGAGCUCUCCCCGUCCGCGGAUCCAGCCAUGUCUCCCGCGGCUCCGUCGUGGGCGGACGUCCCCAAGCCCCCCAACUCCUCCGCCCCCGGGCCAUCCCCCAACCACCGCGCCGGCUCUGCCCCCACUCGCGGCGUCAUGGCGCAAGUCGGCACCGCCUCCUUUCCCCUUCCCCUACCCCCAGCCGUCGGCGCAACUGCGCCCUCUGUGGCGGCAGCCGGUGGCGGCGCAGCCGCCGGCUCUUCCGCCGAUCGCGCUGCUUCCGCCCCAGCCGACGCUGCAAGUGGAAGCGCCGCCUUGCAGAGCGCCAGCGACCAGCCGAAGGCGGAACAGGAGGGCCCCGGCGUGGCGUCCGCGACUUGCAGCGGAACCGGGCGCGGCAGCGGCGGGUGCGGAAGCACCACCCUGGGCCCGUGCGCCCCCGACGACGACGCGGACGGAGAGCAUGCGGGCUCCGCGGAGGUGCUGCGGCCGUCGUCGCUGUUCGACAGCAUCGCGAGGGGAGCAGCGUCGGCGACGGGAGCGUCGGGCGGAGGGCUGGCGGGGAUCGAGUGGGAGACGGCGGGGCUCAGCCACAAGCGGGCGCUGUCGGACGGCGGCCGACUCACGGCGGCCGGCGCUGCGGCGUCCGCGACUGUCGGCGCUCAUUCCGACCUCAAGCGCCUCCGUCGGUUUGUCUCCGCGGGCCGGCCGCCGCUCCGCGCGGACGUUUCCCCGCAAUCGCAGCGCCUCCAUGGCGCGUCUCUGGGCUCCGCCGCGGACGGCGCGGGGUUGCCUCGCGCGAUGUCGUUGGAUGGCAAGUCGACGGGCGGGGGGUCUGCGACUGGCACCCCUGGGGGGAGCACUACGACGACUGGGGCUGGCGACGUCGACAUGGACGUCGCAGGAAUGGUUGCGACGGCGGCUGCGACGGCGGCGGCGACGGCUCUGUCCGCCUCCACAUCGACGUCGGCGGUAUCGGCGCUGCGGCGCCUGGAGGGGAGAUACCCGGGGAGCGGAUUGUGCGCGUCCCCCAUCCCUCGCUCCGCGAGCGCGUAUAGGAAUCGCCCCCCCGGAAUGGCGGCGGAUGGCCCCUCCCGCUCGAGCUGCAGGACCCUGCCGUCCGCUGACAUGCGCAGCCUGUGCAACAUGCUCGGCCUUGACGCCACCGCUCCCCCCCCGCCCGUUCCAGAGCCCGCUGUGCCCUUCCCGCUGCCCCCCGCGGGCCCCUCCGCCCACAGCCAGCGGCGCAGCAGCAGCCCACUCCAGCACGCCUCCCUGCGCAAGCACCACUCCCUGCCGAACCACACCGUGCCGAGCCUGUUGGCGAAGCUGCGACGCAGCCACGGGCAUGCCUCGGCAGCUGGAGGUGGCUCGGGCACGGGGUCCAGAACUCCUCCCCUUGGCAGCUCUGCUGCAUCAGUGCGCCAGCUGAUGAAGGCGCUGGGGCUCCCGCCUGUGCCCUCGCCCCCGCAGUCGUCCUUACUUCACUCCGCGUCGCCCACCGCUGUCGCCCGGAAUGAAACUCGUGCUGCGUUUCUGCCCGACGCCGCUGCUCUCAGCGCCGUGGUCGGCGGCCUGCAGGCCCAGCUGCACGCCAAGCAGCAGCAGGAGCACCACCAACAGGCUGACCCCUCAGAGCUGGCCGCGGCAGCGAGCGGCGGCGGUGUGGGCACGUGUGGGUUCCCGACGUCAGUGGACGGGCUGUUCGACUGGAUCUCGCAGCCGGUGGGCGCCGACCCCGCCGCCUUCCACAACGCCGCGUUCCCUGCGAGUAUGGCGGCUGACGGGGCCAUGGAUUCCGCUGCCCUAUCCGCCGCUGCUGCUGCUGGGGAGGGGGUGAGUCGUAGAAGCGCUGGCGCAGAGGCAUGGAGGAGCUCCGCCGGUGCUGGCAUGUGGACAGGCCCGAGCGCUCCUGACUCUGGAGGAGCCCUCGCUGCAGGGCUGUUGGGGGGUCUCUCCACGUCCGCCGCGGAUGUCAGAGGGUCCAUGAUCGGGCACUCUGCAGGCUCCAUGCGCUCCGCUUCCCCCACUAUCGCUGCUGCUGCUGGCGGUACUGGCGGCCCUGCUGCUGCUGCAGCUGCUGCAGCUGCGUGUGAGGCGUUCAACCUGUCGGUGGUGCGGCAGAGCUACUUGGAGUCGCUCAAGGACGUGCCGGGCGUGGCGGACAUGCUCUCAGGGACCCCCCCCAAGCCCAAAGACGCCUUCGCCUGCGCUGAUCCUGGUGCUGCCAGCGCUGCACCAGUGCCAGCAGGGCCGUUGGGUGAUGUGAAAGUGUGCAAGGGGGGUGCCGCUGCAGGGGAUACAGGAAUGGCUGCGUUUCAGGAGAGGGAGCUGCUGCUGCUGCAGCAGCAGGAGCAGGAGUUUCGGCUGCAGCUGCAGCUGCAGCUGCAGCAGCAGGUGAAGGUGGAGCGAGGCCGCACGCCCCUGGAGGAUGCGGGGGCGUUUCUGUCCUCGGGGCAGCUCAUGUUUCUGCAGCACCAGCAGAGCCAGCAGCAGCACGCUCGCAUGCACAAGGAGAUGCACUUGCAUGCAGAGGCCUUGAAACUCUCUCAGCACCAGCACCAGCACCAGCAGCACCAGCAGCACCACCAGCAGCUGCAGCAGCAGCAGCAGCUACAGCUGCAGCCGGCUGAUGGGGGUGGGGUGGACUACGGAUCUCUGCUGCAGGAGCUGCUUCUAGAAGCUCAGGCGGGAAAGGAGGAUGGGGAAGGCCGUCGGCCUGACCACCUCCUGGAAAUGAUGUCAGCCUGACCUGGUUCCAGUGAGGUCUUCACUUGAAGGAUUUGCUACUCAGUUGCCGGGGUCCGGGGAGCUGGUACUGAGUUGUUUCAUCCAUGGGUUGAUACCAAUAAUUCCUUCUGUGGUAUGAUUUAGGGUCGUAAGGUCCGUCUUUUACAUUAUUCCUUUGUCUGUGAACCACAACUGUAAGUUGUAGUAUUUGCUUAGUGCA